GUAUAUUUUUCGCUUAUUACUUUAUGUAUUGUGACGUUUUUAUUUUUUUAAGAAAUUAUUUUAAACGUUCGUCAGGUUAACAAAUUUGAUUAUUACGUUUUGAUUAAAAAUCUAUUUCUCUAAUUUAAGUCAUGGUAAUUUUGUGGCGCUAGAACUGUAAACAUGCAGCAUUAAGUAAAAUCCCUGUCAAACAAAAUUCGGCAAAAACCGAUAUAUCUCAAGUAAAGUUUACAAAGUAGUGCAAGUAUAAGCUAGCUGUCGUAAAAGCGGUGUUACUGAUACGAACUGAUAAAAUUCAAGUUAGAAGCACGUGAUGACAUUGGCAUCAUCGACAGAGAGGCUGAGAAUGAUAUUGUGAUAUGACUGAUGUAUCGACUAUAGUGUCUGUAUUAUAGGAUUAUUAUUUUUUUUUCAUGCAUUCAACAUUCAAGAGCCAGACUUUGAUUUUAAAGUUGGUGUCAUAGGAAAUUAGUAUGGUUUGUAAUUACUACUUCUGCUGCUAGUUAUAUUAUAGCAGUUUCUAUUAAUAUUAACCAGGGACGAAAUUAAUUUUUAGCAAAUGCUUUAAAACCCUAUUUUUAGACAUUUUUCAUUAUAGCAGGGAUAGCAAAUAAACAACAGCAGAAAAAAUAAUCCAGUGCUCAUGCUACAAUGCGUUUUAAACAAAUAACCUUAGACGGAUAUUGAAUGUGGGUGUAGUUUACCUCAACAAAAGUGAAUGUUUAUGCAAGCUAACAGUUAAUGUAUGUGAUAUUUAAAUUCUGACGUUGAUCUCUUAAAUCUUAAUACACACACAAAACAUAUAAUGUGCACUGCUAGUCAAAGCAUAAUUAAGAAUGCCAAACAGGCAUGUAGAUUGACUAUUAUAAUAGAAACAAGCUUACCUUUCCUCUGAUUUUUUUUACUUCGAUGAAUUAUUGAAUAUUUAAAUUAAUUUUAACAAACUGAAAUACACUUACAUGUGUGGAAAAACUUUAUUCCAAGAUGUGAAAUUAAUCAAUGAAUAAUAGUAAUCCUCAGCAGACUUUUACAAGCUAAUAAUUACAUAAUUAUUUUAUAAGGAUAUGUUAGCUGUUACUGAAGUCAAAGCAAUCUGUUAAAAAAAUGUAAAAACUAAAGUAAAUAAAAUGGCAAGUGAUGUUCGAAGUGAAUCAAGUGGAAGUGAUUCUGGUUCCACUCCCGAAGAAGAACGAAUACGACGCUUAUUUCAAACAUGUGAUGGGAAUGGAGAUGGCUUUAUCGACUGCCAAGACCUCCUGGCUGUAUGUCGGCAGCUGAACCUGGAACACUGCAUAGAGGAGAUUAUGGAACAGUUAGGAGCCGAUGAACAUGGUAUGAUCUCUUACAGUGAGUUUCUUCGUAGACGAAUGCAGUUAAUCAAUGAGAUAAAUGCCCUUACCGUACAGGAACAGGAACAGGAACCUGUUCCUCACGUAGGUGAAACGGACUCGCAUCAACCAAACUCCCAGCAAGUCUCUCCAGCUCCAGGUAGCAGUAGCACAGGCAUCUGGCCUACGAGUAGUGAUACCAGUCAAGGAGCAGCUUCUGGAAAACACGAUAGUUGGGAGUUCGAUUCGGGAGCUCGAGACUUGAGUCCGGAACUAAACACUUUACAGAAACUGAUUGAAAAAUCAGGGGGUUCAGUACCUGGCAACAGCAGUGAUCUCUUGGAACUAGCCAACAAGCUUCAUUUGGCAGCAUUAGCUUCACUGAAAGGAGAAAUUUUAGAACUUACUCAGAGAGUACAGCAUCUUAGUCAGGAAAGAGAUAUGCUGGAGAGACAGGUCAACAGAGCUCAGCUUGACAGACUGAGACUGGCAAGAGAUCAUGAAGAAAGACUUGACCAUCAAGCUCAGAGGUACGAGGAAAGGCUGACAGAACUUCACAGCAUCAUUGCUGAACUCUCUAAGAAGUUGGACAUACAGCGAGCAACAGUCAUUAAGGAGGAAGAUGAAUUCAGUCAGCAGUCUGAAGAUGAAUCGAAACACAGUGAAACACAAAGUCAAGGUACAAGCAAUGCUGAAGUUUACAGUGAGAAAGAAAAUGAAUCAAAUACUGAACAGCUAAGGUUUCCUGAAGAAGAAGAAGAUUCUGUUAAAGUCAUUAAAAGUCAUUACCAUGAGAAGGAUGAAGUCAGCAGUGGGCUGGGAGAUAAUGAAAGUUUUGAAGACAGAACAUACCAAGUUUAUAGAGAUGCUCCUGGAUUAACAGAAACUCGAGCUACCUCAUGCCACAGCCUUCAGAUUUCACAGCUACAAGAAGAGGUGGUGGGACUUCGAGCAGAAAACUCAGCUCUACAGGAACAAUUAGGAAGACAUGAGGCUGAGUUGAAUCGUGCACGCACUGCUUAUAUUAACUAUCGUGAAGACAAAGACCGUCUUCAGCGGAAGCUUCGAGACAUGCAAGCAAAACUAGCUUUCUUACAGUCUCAGGGUUCUCAAACUGGUAGCUCUCCAACCCUGAGCAAAACUCCACAUAUAAAUCCUACAACAGGGGAGAGAACUCCCACUUCAAAAGAAGAGGCACCCAUUGCUAAAAUGGCAGAAAGAGUAAGGCUUAAAAAGAUGGAAUAUGGUGAUAGGCAAAUACUUGGCUCAGAAAUAUCCACAUUUGGUGUUUCUACAACUAAAGUAGCAGAACAUUUAGUUCAAAAUUUACAAGAAGACUCGCAUACACAGGAGAUUUUCCAGUCUGUAUACUCUUCAGGUUCUGCAAUUUCUGAGUCCAAAGUUCGUGAGUUUGAAGUCGAGCUGGAGAGGUUAAAUAGUAAGAUUGAACAUUUGAAGUCCCAGAAUGAUUUGUUAACUAUCACACUAGAAGAAAGCCGAAGUCAGUGUGAUAGAAUGAGUGUUCUUUUAGGGAAAUAUGAGUCUAACAAUACAGCUCUUCAACUUGCUGUCUCCUACAGUGACCAAACCAUCUCAGCCUUUGAAGUUUUACUUGCCCUUAUGGAAACUGAACAAGGACUUCUUCUUGCGAAUUGUCGUGCUGCAGGACUGGGUGCCCUUGUAAAAGGUUCAAGUGCAAAUGAUGAAAUUGAAAUAACUGCACUUCUGAAGAAGGCCAAUGAUAACCGGAGGUCAGCUGAAACUGUAGCUCGGCAUUUUAUUCAGAAACUGGAUAGAAAUUAUGGUAUUGGCUGCUCUGCAACUGGAUGUAACAUUAAUCCAUGGGAAGAAGUUUCCUCACAUAGUCACAAUACAAGCACCACCAGCUCAACGUCCAGCAGUAAUGAUGGAGAGUUUACAAAAGUUGAUGAACAACGACUGCGAGAUUAUAUUCAUCAGUUGAAAACUGAGCGAUCAGCAGUUAAAACAACAGUUGUUGAACUAGAAAGUGUUCAUAUUGAUACUGGUUGUCGGGAGCCCUCCACGUUGAUUGAUUCACAAAAGUUAGAUUUAGAAAAUGCUGUUUUGAUGCAAGAGCUGAUGGCAAUUAAGGAAGAGAAAGCAGAACUAAAGGCCCAAGUUUACCUACUGGAGAAAGAGAAAGGAGCACUUGAGUUGAGAUUGUCAAGUCAAGAAGCUCAGGAGCAGGCUUACCUUGUUCAUAUUGAACAUUUGAAAACUGAACUGAAGGAACAGGAACUUGUUGUUGAGAAACUGAGAGGAGCUCAGAAACUUGGAGGAGGAGUAUCAGACAAAGAAGUUUCUCAAGAUUUAAGUGAAGCACUACAGAGGGAAAAGAAAUUAAAAACCAGAAUCCAAGAGCUUGUGAAUACUUUAGAGAAAGUAACUAAAAAUUCUGAACUUCGUGCUCAGCAGUCAGCUGAGUUUGUUAACGAUCUGAAAAGAGCAAACAGUGCCUUGGUGAUGGCUUUUGAAAAAACUAAAAAGAAAACCCAAGCAAGAGUCAAGAAGUUAGAACAGCAGAUGGCAGUGAUGUCAGAAAGAUACAAUGCUCAGACGAGAUUGCUGAAACAGAGGAUUGCUAUGUUAGAAGGAACAGACAGUGGACAACAUACAUUACCUCCUUCUGGAAGUGAGACAUCUUUAUAGUACAUGUAAUGGAGAGAUAGCCCUUCCAAAAGUGAUCUUGGUAGCAUUUUAGCAGCUGACUGGUGUCAAGUGGUGUUAUCCUAGAAAUUAGACUUUCUUGUUUAAAUCUUCAGCUUUCUAACUGUCACUGAGCUACUUGACUAAAGGAGGAACACCUAGAAGUACUAUGUAUCAUUAUGGUUAUCUUAAUGUUUAUGUCAUAAUUAAUGUAACAUUGUGUUCAUAUAAAAUGGAGAACAUUAAUUGCAUCUGCCAACAUCAAAACAGUAAAUUUUAUAUUCCUGCAAGAUUGAUUUAGGGCUUUGUUUUUCAUUUUGAAUUUAAUUUAAAAUUGGUGGUAAAGAUGAUUUAUAGAAAGCAUGAAAUAUCCAUUGUUCAUAUAAGAAUAAAAUUUAUUUCCUUUGCUUAGGAAACAUAUUUAAUGUGGACAUUUUAUGUAUCAUUUUUUAAUAUUGUAACAGAAAUUAUAACUAACUAUUAUCAUAGCAUAAUUAUGAUUUUUAUAUCUCCAGAUGAUAUUGCUCAAAUAAAUAUUUUAAUAUUUGUAAUACGUAGUAAACGGAAAUUCAAUUUGGUUAAUUUGUUUUACAUUGUAGGCAAAUGCUAAAAAUUCAGUAAAUGCAUAUACAACUUGGGUAGAACAGAAGGUGUGUAAACUUGAUUUGAAGUGAAUAUUUAAUAAGUAAAAUAAAUGAAAGUAAUUUGUCUUUUUACAUGUAUUAAUCCUAAUUGUGAAAUACACAUCUGAAAAGAAAACUGACAUCACAUUUCAAGUACAAAAAUAUUGAAACUUGAUGAGUUCAUUUUUAUAUUGUGGUAAAGCUUACAAAUGUGACCCAUACUCAGUAUUUCAGUACAAUAUUGUUUGUAUAUUGUAUGCUUAAGUUAGACUAAUCAGUGUAUUGUCUGUGAAUAUAUGACUUUUCCUAUUCCAUACUAUCAGUAAUAAAAUAUGUAGUACGUAAAACAUUAAACUAAAAAUAUAUAUGUGCCUAUGAAAAGACAACUUUGAAUUUUAUGUAAUUUCAUUUGAAUUCAAGUUACAGGAAAUGAAAGAAUUAUUGUGCCAAUGAGUGUAUUUUAUGUUGUGUUUAGGUUUUAACUGGUCGAGGGCAUGUAGUGGCAUAAUGGUUAACAUGCCAGACUGUGGAUCUAAGGAGAGUUCAGGUUCUGUUACCACAAAGAAAUGAAAUUGGGUUCUGCACUUUGGGGCCAUAGUUAUAUUAUAAGAGUAGUGGCCAAACCCCACUAUACAAUUAGAGUACUUCAAGAGUAGUGGAGGGUGCUGUUGACUAACUACCUUCCCUCUAGUCUAGGGAAGCUAUCACAAGUAAUCCUUGUGUAGUUUUAAUCGAGUAUCGGAAACAAGCAAACUAGAUAAUUGGUUGAAUUGCAGGCAUGUGAAAGUACACAUUAUUGUAAGAAGACAGUAUUGUUAGCUUGAGCUUCCUUGUUGAAAGUAAGAAAUACUUGGACAGUUUCAUUUCAUUUUUAAGGUUUAGCCACAGUGCAUGAUCUGUCUAGUCUCCCAUUGACUUCCAGGAUGAUACCUUAAUGGUUUUAUUUUGUCAUUCUGCUUUAUAUAGUACACAAGAAAUGAGCAUUUGCUAUUUUAUAUUACUUGUUUAAUGCAUUGUAUAGUUUUGAUGAUCAUUUGACAUUUUGUACAGCUACAUGAAGAAAUUCUAAGCUUCCUCAGCUCUUUGUGGAAAGAAACUAAGGAUCUCUUGUGUUUGGUGUAGAAUAAUUUGUGUUGUAAAUGUAAAUAAAGUUUGUUUCUCUUAGCAGA